AUGCCGGUUCGUAUCGGUGGUGUUGAUCCAGAGCUAACUAAGCUCACUACAUUUGAUUCUGUCAUGGAUUACAUGAAUUCCAAGGGUCAAAUAGACAGAAUUGAUCCAGCUCACUAUGACACCGAAGAUCUCAAGAAAUGGUUGCUUCACUAUCAUAAUAAGUAUCGAACACAUCAUAAUGCCGGAAACAUGGCCACAAAUGGUGAAUUGAACAAAGCUGCUCAAAAAUGGGCAAACGAAAUGGCUCAUCGUAAACAAUGUUUGGUUCACGAACAACCAUCAAAAUACGGUGAAAACCUGAGUUACUUUGCUGCAACCCACUUCCCAUCUCCCAAUACCUGUGCCGCUGCCAUUAUUCAAGGUUUUUACACCGAAGGAGUUAGGUAUGAUUACUCCAGAUUUGAUGCAUCAAGUUGGACGAAAACUGGACAUUUUACUCAACUCCUCUGGAAAGCUUCAGUCAAUCUCGGUGUUGGUGUAGCAAUUGUGAAACGUGGAUCUAUGCAUCACAUCUACGUUUGUCUCAAGUAUGACCCACCAGGAAACAUGCAGACAUCUGAUGCCUACUUGAACAACAUUGAAGAGCCAAAAGGAAAGAGCUGUUGUAUCAUUUCAUAA